GACGACAUUUUCAUGGAGCUUGGGCCCAGAUGAUCGACAAAGGUGACACAGAGAGCAGACAUGGAGCAGCAGCCCAUCAGACCGACAUGGAGCAGGCAGAUAGAGUUCACCCUGGCCGGCAUCGGCUGUGCUGUGGGUCUGGGCAACGUGUGGAGGUUCCCAUAUCUCUGCUACAGGAGUGGAGGAGGUGCCUUUCUGGUGCCAUACCUGCUCAUGCUGGUGGUGUUGGGGGUCCCUCUGCUCUACAUGGAGCUGAUUGUGGGUCAGUACACGAGGAGAGGGCCUGUCCAUGCUCUGGCUAAUGUCUGCCCACUGUUAAAAGGAGUGGGCAUAGCAUCAGUGGCCAUCUCCUUCAUCAUGUGUACCUACUACAACCUGGUCAUCACCUGGGCCCUGUAUUAUCUCUUCAGCUCCUUCCAGUCACCACUGCCCUGGCAGAACUGCAACAACACCUGGAACACACAGAACUGCACCAGUCAUUUCACCAACAGCAGCUACUCCUCCACAGCCAGCCAGGAGUUCUUCAAAUACAAGAUGCUGCAGCAGACUGGUGGAGUAGAUGAAGCAGGACUGAUUCGGUGGGAGCUUUUCCUCAUUCUCCUUCUGGCUUGGAUCAUCAUAUACUUCUGCAUCUUUAAGGGGGUCAAAUCAACAGGCAAAGUGGUGUACUUUACGGCUCUGUUCCCGUAUAUUAUCCUGAUUGCACUGCUGAUAAAUAAUGUGCAGCUUCCUGGAGCAUUGGAUGGAAUAACCUUCUUCAUUGUGCCGGACUGGAACAUGCUCCUGUCAGUAGAAGUGUGGGUGAACGCAGCAGCACAGAUCUUUAACUCCAUCGGGAUUGGUUUCGGCUCCCUCUUGGCCAUGUCCAGCUACAACUCCUUCAACAACAAUGUUCUAAAGGACACCCUGACUAUAGCCAUCAUCAACUCCCUCACCAGCCUCCUGGCAGGUUUUGUCAUUUUCUCUGCUUUUGGAUACAUGUCUCAUCUUCAGGGCAUCCCUAUCAGCGAUCUGGCUGUGGAUGGUCCAGGACUGGUUUUUGUUGUUUACCCACAAGCCUUUUCCAACAUGCCAGUAUCUCAGCUCUGGGCUGUGAUGUUCUUCUUCAUGCUGCUCUGCCUUGGACUGGACAGUGAGUUUGCGAUGGUUGAAGUGAUGGUGACCAGCCUCAUGGAUGAAUUUUAUCACAAACUGAUAAGGUUUUUCAAGAGGAAGGAGUUGUUUGUUCUUGCUGUCUGUGGCGCAGCAGCUAUUCUGGGGAUUCCUUGUGUCAUGCAGGUGGGCAUCUAUGUGUUCCAGCUCAUGGAUCAUUACACUGCCAUUGUGUCCAUCAUGUUUCUUGCAUUCUUUGAGGUCAUAGCCAUCUGUUGGUGUUAUGGGGUGACUCGACUUUCAGACAACCUGGAGGAGAUGACUGGAAAAAGAGCAAACCUGUUCUUCAGAGUGUGUUGGCUGAUAGUUGCUCCCGUGCUAGUUGGUGUGAUCCUGGUUUUCUCCAUCAUCCAGUUCAAACCAGCACGCUAUGAGGACUACGUGUUCCCCCCCUGGGCUCAGGGGGUCGGCUGGCUCAUCGCCAUGGGCUCCAUCAUCUGGAUUCCUCUGGGUGCUGUGCACACACUGUGGGUGCUGCCUGGCUCCUUCAUCCAGAAACUGAAGCUGUCCAUCACACCAGGCACGCUGGAUGGAAAGUCAAAAAUGGCUUACUACGAGAGGGGAGGAAGAGAUGCAAAUACAGGCUUAGCUGUCAUCAGCUCCGACAUCCAUCUAACUGAAAAACCUCCACUGCAGACACACCUGUGAUACCUCGCUGCUUUGCACAACGCUCUAAGGAGCUCAAAUUAAUCACAAAUAUUUACCAUUAGUGUUAAUCUUCAUCAAACUGCUGGUAAAUCAAAAUCACAUGAUUAUGAAAUGUUGUUGCUGCACAUGCAGAUACAUUAAAAUUAGUAUUUUUUGGAAACCUGUUGAUCAAAUGUUUGUUUCAAAUUUGGUUGAACAGCAAUUAGAAUCCGUUUUUGUUGUGUACAUGUUUAUAUCCGGCCAAAACCUCAGCUCCAAGGAGUUUACUUUACUAAGGGGGCCAUCUUUUGGCCAUGUAGGUUAAUGCACGAAUGAGUGUUGAUAUUAUGAAAUGCUGCACUUUUUAUUACAUUUUAGCCAAAAGAAUGUCAAAGUAAUGCCGCUUUUUUACCUUCACAGUCCGUACAAAUGAACCUUAACCACUGUGUACCAAUUCAUUGUGGCUGACUCAUUUCUUAGGUCAAAUGCUACAGGGAACUGCUGAUAAAAGAAUACACACUGGUAGUUAACAGGGUCAUGCAAUUCUGCCAUGUCAUGUACGGUGUCAUAAAAACUCAAAGUCCACAGCUUGUGUCUUAUUUCUACAACGAACAUAUCUCAGACCAUCAUUUACUUCCGGGCAAAUGUUUUUAUUCAUUCAAUUAAGGAGACAUUUCCACUGAAAGGUACAUUUCUAGGGUAUACAUGUACACAGAGUUAGUUUCUUCCCCUAUAUAAGUUCCCAGUGUUUCCUUCUUGUAAUUCCUGGUAAAUGAAUCCAAAGUGCAGAACGACUAAUUUUGCAAAAAGGUGGAUAGUAGAAACCCAUGUGCUUAAAGGGAUAGUUCAGUGUUUAAAGUGGCGUUGUGUAAGGUACUAUUUUAUAUUAAGUGUAUUAACUACAGUUGAUGGAAGUUGGCACGCCCCCCAGUUUGGAAAAGCAGACAGGAGUACCAGCACAGAAGCUAAGCAAUGUACUGCUGUGAUUGGAGGAAUCAGCAACGCGUAUUUAGCCACCCAUAAAGUCUGCAUCAGUUUAAGUGGAACUGAAGUGUGCUUUUUUUU